AAAAAGGUCCUUAUCAGCAGAGGUUCUCUCGUGCACGCGGCACCUGCUCUCUCGCAGGGGGGUGGACGGGAUGGGAGGCGGCUCCGCGGGUCGCUCCUACUCAUUUCUUGCGCUCCCAGCUGUUGGUGGGGAAGCACCGGUGGAGCACACACACAGUCGGGAACUAAGCUCAACAAUGAGAGACUCGCAUCCUUUAUUUUAAAAAAGAUGGAAACAUGACGUCGGAUUCGGAGCGACCUGGAAACGCAGAGUAGGCACGACGGCACGCCGGUGACGACGAGGAACUGGUGCGUCUUUGGCUCCGUAGGCACCAAACUUCAGUAAGGAGCUGAUUUAGAUAUAAAAACAAGCACCUUCUCUGCAAGACUGAGCAUGUCUCCACUGACUGUUUCCUCUCAUGCAAACACUUGACUACAUUGUGCUCUGAAGUGUGGAAAACGUGCGUGUUGAGCUCAUCUUGUCCCCCCCCCCCUCUAACCGUGCAAAUGCUGGGAUGGCUCGUGGCUCUGUGCAUUGUGAUCCUGGUGGUCCUGAUAUGGCCGGGCUCCAAAUAUUUUGGCACCGAGAGCCCCCCGGAUGCUCUGCUCCAAGGACUGGGGAUUCCACAGCAGGCGGUGAGGGACAAGACCGGGAGGUGCGUCUCGGAGGAGCGGGAGGAGAGGGACGGUGCCCGGGCCGAUGAGAAAGCGCGCACCGUGGCACUGAUCUGCAAACCCUCCGCGCUGGCCAACUACCUCCUGAAACACUGCAGGACUUUCAGCCAUUACUCGCCGUGCGUCGGCUGGACGUGGCGGGCCAGCGCCUUCCUCCAGAGCGCGUACGAGGCGUGCUGGCCCUACGACUGUCCGGUCCAGUUCGUGCGGGACAACCUGCAGCUGAGCGACGACGGACUGGUGGCCCUGGACUGGGCUGUGCCAUCCUACCAGAAGCGACGCAGAACUUCCAGUCACUCCACCAGUCCGAUUCUCCUCAUCAUCCCGAACUCCUUUGGGAAAAUCACUAGAAACGUGUUGAAGUUGUGUGAAGCGGCACUGUCCCACGGCUACCUGCCUGCCAUCUUCAACCGCCGCACCCACAACAGCACCCCGCUCACCACCCUCAAGCUGCAGCAGUUUGGAGACCCGGCGGAUCUGCGCGAGGCCGUGCGCUACAUUCGCUACAGGCAGCCUGCGGGGAGACUGUACGCAGUGAGCGAGAGCAGCGGGUCAGGCCUCCUCCUGUCGUACCUGGGGGAGUGCGGAUCGUCGAGUUAUGUGACGGCAGCCGUCUGCCUGUCGCCCAUGUUCCGCUGCCAGAGCUGGUUUGAGAACGGGCUGUGCUGGCCCCUGCAGUGGGCACUGGUGCUCUACCAGAAGAUUUGUCUCAGCAGGUACAGGACGGUGCUGGGAGAGACCAUACAGACAGACACCCUGUUUUCUAGCUGUUCCUUGCGCAGCCUGGAGGAGGCGCUGUUCUGUCAGACUGGACAUACAGGCCCUGCACCAUCAGCAGCAGCAGCGACAGGAAGCAGUGGUAGCACCAAUACAUCAGGUACCUGGGAGGCUUACUGGGAACGUAACGAACCCUUGAGAGACGUGGACGAAGUGGCCAUUCCUGUUCUGAGCGUGUGCGCUCGGGAUGACCCGGUCCGCGGGGACACUUACUCCACCAUACCCUUGGAACUCUUUGAGACCAACCCACAUUUUUUUCUCCUCCUAACGGACCGUGGAGGUCACUGUGGUUUCUCCACCCAGUCUCAGGGGAGUGGUGCUGGUGCAUUCGGUGCAGCCGGCUUUCCAGCCGUGCCGAGCCGUGGGACCAGUUGGAGCCACAGAGCUCUGCUGGAAUUCUUCAGGGCGACCACAGACUUCUUUGCCGCUGAGGAGAGAGCAAAGCAGCUCGCAGCAAGGAGGAGGGGGCUGGGUGGAGGGGCAGGGGGCAGGUUUUUCCGGCACCGCAGCGUCAGUACAUGUAAAAGGGUGCCAGAGUGUUCCCAUAAUAUCCACGCCAUUUACAACUGGCAGAGGUCCUACACACGAUGAGGGAGCUUAAUGGAAGUUAAUGGACUGCACUGAUGCACUGGGAUGUGACGCUUUGCCUGUGUGACACUCAGAGACAAAGUCUUAUGAUUACAAAACUAGAAAUGGGCUGGGAUUGUAAAGUGCUGAGGUGAUGGAGUACUUUAAAGUGAGCCAUAAAACACUAGGACUUAAAAAACAAGACAGGCCACAAGUUGGCAGGCAGAUGUUAUGUUCAGCUGCUCGGCAGUUGAUACUAAACCCUCAAGAUGAGCGGCUGUAUAUUUUUCUAUGGACUGAUUCAGGUUUCCUCACUGCCAGCUGUUAGAAUGAAAAGAUUCAGUUUUAUUUACACAGUUUUUGAUUCAUCAGUUCAUCUGCCUAACAUUUUACACAGUUUGCUAUAUUUUGUAAUGUGUAAUGUUUAACUGUUAAUGUUUUAAUUUCCAAAGGGAUAUUAUUCAGGAGAAAAGUCCUGUGCUUAGAGAGUAGAAGGGGAAAAAAUCCAGUGAAGAUUUCAAAUUAAUUUGAGCAAAAUGUCAAAUGAGUCUGAAGGACUUGUGCAGUGUUAUUGUAAUGAAAACAUUAAAGAAAGUUUACUGUGUUAAUCAUCA